GUUCGAGAGCCCGGCCCCCCUCUCCUUCCAACGAACGGGGCGACCAUGAAGUUGGACGAAGGAACUCAACCGGAGCGACCGCACCAUCGGGAUGCGAACGCGCUCAGCACGGAAGAUCUCCGGUCCGAGAUGGUCAGGUAUGGCAUUCCCGCCCACGAAAGCGUGCCGAACACGUUGGUGAUUCUCCAAAAGAAGUUUGACGACGAGUUUGCCAUGCACAUGGCGUCGUACAACAAGUUUAUGGAGCGCUAUAGCCGCAAGAAGACCAAGGCCGAGUUGGAGGCCAAGAUGGCUCAGGACGACGCCGACGACGCGGCCGCGUUCGACGCGAACCCAAAGAUCAAGAUCCUCGUCGAGCAGAUCAUUGCAAACGAAACCAGUGCCACGUUGAUGCUUCGCGGCCUCACGGAUGCAUCAGCCCGCGCCGUCCUCCGCGUGCUCGGCCUCAACCAGUCCGUCAUCUCGCUCGACUUGAGCAACAACGGGCUGGGCGACGCGGUCGUGGCGGAGCUCGCGCGCCUGCUACGCGUCAACAAACGGGUGGCUAGCCUCGACUUGGGCACGAAUCGAUUGAACGCCAAGUGCAUGCACGAGCUGGCGGCCGCCCUCACCGACAACACUGUCCUCACGUCGCUAAGUUUGGAGGACAACCCGAUCACGGCGCACGGCAUCACGACCGACCUCAGUGGGUUUGACGCGCUGUGUGGGUACAUUUCGUCGACGACGACGCUGGAAUCGCUCAACUUGUUUCGCACGGGCCUCAACAUGGAAGCGGGUCGGAUCUUGGCCAAGGCGCUCCUCUUUAACGAGUCCAUCUACGUAUUGGAGCUCGGGGCCAACGCGGUGGCCGACAAGGAGCUCGAAGUGAUUGCCACGCAAUUGGCGGAAAACCGCCAGCUCCACGACGACAUGGCGUCCAAGGUGUUUUUGAAGCGCCAGGCCAUCGAAGCCGAGGCCAAGGCCCGCGCCGCCGCCCACGACCUCGAACGCGUCAAGGUCGAAACGCAGCAAUGGCAUGAAGCGAACGCGGCCGACCGCCGCAUCCAGCACGAACUCGACCGCGUCGCCGACAAGAAACGACAGGAAGCCGAGGACGCUCGCUUGCGCAAGAUCGCGGCGGAUCGAGACAUGGCGCGCCGACUCGCCGCGGAAGAGGCGCGCGUCAAGGCCGAGGCGAGAGCGAAAACGAAAAAGUAGACGCGCUCUCGAGUGUGCUCGACACGUCAGCCAACGUUGCCGUGACGCGAGCCAUUUCUCUAGACUUGUUGGCGGCAUCCUCGUGAAGCCGGU